CGAAUAGGGAGCGCCGGUGUUGAACGUCAGACGAAACGAAUACAUAAACGAGAGUGGAUCGUGAAUUUUGCUGGAAAUCUUGUUACUUGUUUUCUGUGUAUAAUUUUAUAAGGAAAAACAAUCGAGAACUCUCGAAGUAUUUACAAGUGUUGUGGCAGUGUGUUUUGGUUACUUCCAUUUCUACGUAGUGGAUAAAUUAUUGAUUUUGGACUAGUGGCUCGCCUUUGCCACACCCUGUGGCCAUUUUGGGUUUCAACCUUUAGUAUCUGGAGAACAUUUUACGUUCGUCAUGGAUCAAAUAACUCCGAAGGAAGUGAAAAUACUUGAGAAUGCGGAGGAUAUUCAGGAGAGACGAGAACAGGUCCUGGGACGGUAUACCAACUUCAAGUCUGAGGCACGGAAUAAGCGUGACAAGCUUGAGGACUCCCGUCGCUUUCAGUAUUUUAAGCGAGAUGCGGAUGAGCUGGAGGGAUGGAUCUACGAGAAGCUUCAAGCUGCCUCAGACGAGAGCUAUAAGGAUCCUACGAACCUCCAGGCUAAAAUUCAGAAACAUCAAGCUUUUGAGGCUGAAGUCGCUGCGCACUCUAAUGCCAUAGUUCUUUUGGAUAAUACCGGUUCUGAAAUGAUUGCCCAACAUCACUUUUCAAGUGAUCUCAUCAGGAAGAGGCUUGAGGAACUUCAUCGCCUUUGGGAAUUGCUGCUGUCUCGUCUGGCUGAUAAGGGUUUAAAACUUCAACAGGCAUUGGUUCUUGUUCAGUUCCUACGUCAUUGCGAUGAGGUCAUGUUCUGGAUUCAUGACAAGGAGACCUUUGUUAACACCAAUGAAUUUGGUCAUGACUUGGAACACGUAGAGGUUCUUCAAAGGAAAUUCGAUGAGUUUCAAAAGGAUAUGGCUAGUCAAGAAUACAGAGUGACGGAAGUGAAUGAACUUGCUGACAAACUUCUUCUGGAUGGCCACCCAGAGCGCGACACCAUCCUGCGUAGGAAGGAGGAACUUAACGAAUCCUGGCAGAAACUUAAACAGCGUGCUAUUCUCCGUCAAGAGAAGCUCUUUGGUGCACACGAAAUUCAGCGUUUCAAUCGUGAUGCCGAUGAAACCAUGGCAUGGAUCGCAGAGAAGGAUGUAGUCCUGUCCUCCGAUGACUUUGGUCGAGAUCUUGCCAGUGUACAGACCCUUCAACGCAAACACGAGGGUAUCGAGCGCGACUUGGCUGCUCUGGAAGACAAGGUUGCGACCCUGGGCGCUGAAGCCGAUCGUCUUGCUGCAAUUCAUCAAGCUGAUCAUUCCCAACAAAUUCAAGCCAAACGCGCUGAAAUUCUGCAGUCCUGGGAGAGCCUCACCGCCAAAGCUAAAGAACGCCGUUCCAAAUUGGACGAAUCUUACUAUCUACACCGUUUCUUGGCAGACUACCGUGAUCUUGUCUCCUGGAUGAACGAUAUGCGAGCUAUUAUAUCGGCUGAUGAACUAGCUAAGGAUGUAGCUGGUGCGGAAGCACUUUUGGAAAGACACCAGGAACACAAGGGUGAAAUCGAUGCUAGGGCCGAUAGCUUUGACGCUACAACAUUGGCUGGUAAUCAACUUCUGGAAAGGAAGCACUACGCCGCCGAAGAGGUCGAACGGAAGUUGAAUUCCCUUGCUGAGGAUAAGUCAUCCUUACUCAAUCUUUGGGAAAAAAGACGUAUCCUGUACGAGCAGUGUAUGGAUUUGCAGCUGUUUUAUCGUGACACGGAGCAAGCCGAUGCGUGGAUGGCCAAGCAGGAGGCCUUCCUGGCCAACGAGGACCUUGGUGACUCCCUGGACAGCGUAGAAGCACUCAUCAAGAAGCACGAAGACUUCGACAAGUCCCUUGCUGCACAAGAGGAAAAGAUCAGAGCCUUGGACGAGUUCGCGGGAAAGCUUAUUGAUGGAGAGCACUACGCAGCCGAUGACGUUGCUCAGCGUCGUCAACUUUUGCUGGAACGUAGGGCCAUCCUCUUGGAAAAAUCUGCGCAGAGACGUGAUCGUCUAAGAGAUGCAUACAAGCUACAACAAUUCGAGAGGGACUGCGACGAGACCAAAGGAUGGGUCAACGAGAAGCUGAAGUUCGCCACUGAUGACAGUUACCUGGAUCCUACCAACUUGAAUGGCAAAGUACAAAAGCACCAGAACUUCGAGCAGGAACUGAAUGCGAACAAGACUCGCAUGGAGGAGAUGGUAUCCACUGGACAAGAACUGAUGGAAAAGGGUCAUUAUGCCUCAGACCGCAUUCGCGCACGUACCGACGAGAUCGUCUCCCUCUGGGAAAACUUGGCUCAAGCAACAGAGAAGAAAGGCGCGAAGCUUCAGGAAGCUGCUCAGCAACAACAGUUUAAUCGUACUGUCGAGGACGUCGAGCUCUGGCUGUCCGAAGUGGAAGGUCAACUCAUGUCUGAAGAUUAUGGAAAGGACUUGACCAGCGUUCAGAAUCUUCAGAAGAAACACGCCCUUCUCGAAGCUGACGUAGCUUCUCAUGCGGAUAGAAUCGACAGCAUCUCCCAGGCUGCUGAACAGUUUGUUACCUAUGGACAUUUCGAUGCAGAUAAUAUCAAAGCUAAGCAGGAACAGCUACAUGCACGUUACGCUGCUCUCCAGAGACCAAUGAGCAUCCGUAAGCAACGUCUUCUGGAUUCUCUGCAAGUCCAGCAACUCUUCAGAGACAUCGAGGACGAGGAAGCCUGGAUCAGGGAGAAGGAACCUGUUGCUGCAAGUACUAAUCGUGGACGUGACCUGAUUGGAGUACAGAAUUUGCAAAAGAAACAUCAAGCCGUCCUGGCUGAGAUAAACAACCAUGAGCCUAGGGUAGCUGCUGUGUGCCAGGCUGGUUCAAAGAUGCUUCAGGAUGGACACUUCGCGGCUGAAGAAAUCAGUCAGAGACUCGCCGCCCUGGAUGAACACUGGGGACAACUCAAGGAAAAGGCGCGACAGCGUAAGAAUGAUCUGGAUGAUUCCCUCCAGGCUCAUCAGUACUUUGCCGAUGCUAAUGAGGCAGAGUCCUGGAUGAAGGAGAAACGACCAAUCGUUCUGAACGCUGAUUAUGGUAAGGAUGAGGAUAGCUCCGAAGCACUUUUAAAGAAGCACGAAGCUCUCGUCAGUGACCUAGAAGCAUUCGCUAGCACCAUUGCAGCACUCAGAGAACAGGCAGCUGCUUGCAGGCAGCAGGAAACUCCUACGGUCGACAUUGCUGGUAAAGAAUGCGUAAUGGCUCUUUAUGAUUAUGCUGAAAAGUCACCUAGGGAAGUCUCCAUGAAGAAGGGUGACACCCUGACACUGUUGAACUCCAAUAACAAGGACUGGUGGAAGGUUGAAGUAAAUGACAGACAAGGCUUCGUACCUGCAGCAUAUGUAAAACGUGUAGAGCCUGAAGCAGGACUUAGUGCUUCGCAGCAGAACCUGGCAAGAGAACAAAGCUCCAUCGCAGCCAGGCAAGCUCAGAUCCAGGCUCAGUACGAUGACUUGCUGUACCUGGCGCGAGAACGUCAGAACAAACUUAAUGAGACUGCCAAAGCCUACGUGCUGGUACGUGAAGCUGCUGAACUCGCUACCUGGAUCAAGGACAAGGAAAACCACGCCCAAGUCCAAGAUGUCGGUGAAGAUUUGGAACAAGUGGAAGUCAUGCAGAAGAAGUUUGAUGACUUUCAGGCUGAUCUCAAAGCCAACGAAGUGCGACUUGCUGAGAUGAAUGAAAUUGCUGUUCAGUUAAUGAGCCUGGGACAAACUGAAGCUGCGUUGAAGAUCCAAACUCAGAUUCAGGAUCUGAAUGAGAAGUGGUCCAGUCUCCAAACUCUUACUGCGGAGAGAGCCAGUCAAUUAGGAUCAGCCCAUGAGGUCCAGCGCUUCCAUCGUGACGUGGAUGAAACUAAGGAUUGGAUUCGUGAGAAGGAUGCAGCUCUGAACAAUGACGAUCUAGGAAAGGAUUUGCGCAGCGUUCAGGCUCUUCAGCGCAAACAUGAAGGUUUGGAACGAGACCUGGCAGCUCUUGGAGACAAGAUCAAACAGCUAGACGAGACUGCUAAUCGUCUGAUGCAGUCCCAUCCUGACACGGCAGAGCAAACUUAUGCCAAGCAGAAGGAAAUUAAUGAAGAAUGGACUCAGCUUACUGCAAAGGCUAAUAGCAGGAAGGAAAAACUUCUGGACUCUUAUGACCUACAACGUUUCCUCAGUGAUUAUCGUGAUCUCAUGGCCUGGAUCAAUUCAAUGAUGGGACUUGUUGCUUCUGAAGAACUUGCGUCUGAUGUUACCGGUGCUGAAGCUCUUCUUGAACGUCAUCAGAAUCACAGAGCAGAGAUAGACGCACGAUACGGCAUUCUUCCUGAGGAGCAUCGCAUGGAAAUCGAUGCCAGAGCAGGUACCUUCCAGGCAUUUGAAUUGUUCGGUCAGCAACUCUUGCAGUCGAGUCAUUACGCCAGUGUAGAAAUCCAGGAGAAACUUGAGUCUAUGGCAGAGGCACGUCAAGAACUCGAGAAGGCUUGGAUCCAGCGACGCAUGCAGCUAGACCAGAAUCUAGAGCUCCAGCUCUUCUGUAGGGACUGCGAGCAAGCGGAAAAUUGGAUGAGCGCGAGGGAAGCUUUCUUAAGCAGUGCGGACGCUGUAGAUAGUACUGAUAACGUCGAAGCCCUUAUCAAGAAACACGAAGACUUUGAUAAGGCCAUUAAUGCUCACGAGGAAAAGAUCGCUGCUCUGCAGACCCUGGCUGAUCAGCUUAUAGCUGCUGAACACUAUGCCGCCAAGCCCAUCGAUGAUAGACGUGUCCAGGUGCUGGACCGUUGGAGACACCUUAAGGAUGCCCUCAUAGAGAAGAGAUCUAAGCUUGGAGAAUCUCAGACUCUCCAGCAAUUCUCUAGAGAUGCCGAUGAAAUGGAGAACUGGAUUGCUGAAAAACUCCAGUUGGCUACCGAAGAGAAUUAUAAAGAUCCUGCUAAUAUUCAGUCGAAGCAUCAGAAACAUCAAGCUUUCGAAGCUGAAUUAGCAGCAAAUGCUGACAGGAUUCAGUCGGUUCUUGCUAUGGGUGGUAAUUUGAUUGAGAAACAUCAGUGCGCAGGAUCAGAAGAUGCUGUACAGGCCAGGUUGGCUUCCAUCGCUGAUCAGUGGGAGUAUCUCACUCAGAAGACUACGGAGAAGUCAAUGAAGCUAAAAGAGGCUAACAAACAGCGUACUUACAUUGCUGCUGUUAAAGAUUUGGACUUCUGGCUUGGUGAAGUGGAGAGUCUGCUCACUUCAGAAGACGCUGGUAAGGAUUUAGCUUCAGUGCAAAACCUCAUGAAGAAGCAUCAACUUGUCGAAGCAGAUAUUCAGGCGCACGAGGAACGUAUCAAGGAUAUGAAUGCCCAGGCAGAUUCUCUUAUUGAAAGCGGUCAGUUCGAUGCUGCUGGAAUUCAGGAGAAACGACAAAGCAUCAACGAGCGUUAUGAACGCAUUAGGAACUUGGCAGCUCACAGACAAGCACGACUUAACGAAGCUAACACCCUACAUCAGUUCUUCAGGGAUAUCGCUGACGAGGAGUCCUGGAUCAAGGAAAAGAAACUCCUGGUAGGCUCUGACGACUACGGUCGCGAUCUUACUGGGGUUCAAAAUCUGAAGAAGAAGCACAAGAGGCUCGAGGCAGAACUUGGCAGCCACGAACCCGCUAUUCAGGCUGUCCAAGAAGCUGGUGAAAAGCUCAUGGACGUUUCUAAUCUGGGUGUUCCUGAGAUUGAACAACGCUUGAAGCUCCUGAACCAGGCCUGGGCCGAACUCAAACAACUAGCUGCCAAUAGAGGUCAGAAGCUUGAUGAGUCCUUGACCUACCAACAAUUCCUGGCUAAGGUUGAGGAGGAGGAGGCUUGGAUCACCGAGAAACAGCAGCUCCUCUCCGUGGAAGACUACGGCGACACCAUGGCUGCUGUGCAAGGAUUACUCAAGAAGCACGACGCCUUCGAAACGGACUUUUCUGCUCACGGUGAACGUUGUAAGGAUAUCUGUAACGCUGGUGAGGGUUUGAUCAAAGCCGGAAAUCAUCGUGCUGACGCCAUAAGUCAACGCUGUGCUCAAUUGCGCAACAAACUCGACCAACUAGGAGCACUUGCAGCUAGGAGAAAGACUCGACUAAAUGACAACUCGGCAUACCUGCAGUUCAUGUGGAAAGCCGACGUUGUGGAAUCCUGGAUUGCCGACAAGGAGACCCACGUCCGUUCCGAAGAGUUUGGACGUGAUCUCUCUACUGUGCAGACUCUCCUCACCAAGCAGGAAACCUUCGAUGCUGGUCUGCACGCUUUCGAACACGAGGGUAUACAAAACAUCACUGCCCUGAAGGAGAUGCUCGUGGACUCUGGCCACGAUCAGACUCCCAGUAUUGAGAAACGUCAUGCCGACGUCAUAGCUCGCUGGCAGAAGCUUCUAGCUGACUCUGACGCCAGAAAGCAGAGACUGCUACGUAUGCAAGAUCAGUUCCGUCAGAUCGAGGAACUCUACUUGACCUUUGCCAAGAAAGCUUCAGCCUUCAACUCAUGGUUCGAAAAUGCCGAAGAGGAUCUAACUGAUCCCGUGCGCUGUAACAGCAUCGAGGAGAUUCGUGCUCUUCGAGAAGCUCAUGCCCAGUUCCAGGCCAGUUUGUCAUCCGCAGAAGCUGACUUCCAGGCUCUGGCUGCUCUCGAUAGACAAAUCAAGAGCUUUAAUGUUGGUCCCAAUCCUUACACGUGGUUUACUAUGGAGGCACUCGAGGAUACCUGGCGCAACCUGCAGAAGAUCAUCAAGGAGCGCGACGUGGAGCUUGCUAAGGAAGCUCAACGACAGGAAGAGAACGACAAGCUGAGAAAGGAGUUCGCCAAGCACGCCAAUGCUUUCCAUCAGUGGUUGGCCGAGACGAGAACUUCCAUGAUGGAGGGUUCAGGAUCCUUGGAACAGCAAUUGGAGGCUACUAAGCGUAAAACUCAGGAGGUGCGCGCACGUCGUCAAGACCUGAAGAAGAUAGAAGACCUAGGAGCAAUUCUUGAGGAACAUUUGAUUCUGGAUAAUCGCUACACAGAACACAGUACCGUCGGUUUGGCACAACAGUGGGAUCAGCUGGAUCAACUGGGAAUGCGAAUGCAACACAACCUGGAGCAACAGAUACAAGCCCGAAACCAGUCCGGUGUAUCGGAGGAUGCUCUGAAGGAGUUCUCAAUGAUGUUCAAGCACUUCGACAAGGACAAGAGCGGCCGUCUCAAUCACCAGGAGUUCAAGUCCUGCCUCAGAGCUCUCGGUUACGACCUACCAAUGGUAGAAGAAGGUCAGCCUGACCCAGAAUUCGAAAAUAUACUCGAUAUCGUCGAUCCUAAUCGCGACGGAUAUGUUUCCCUGCAAGAAUACAUGGCGUUUAUGAUUAGCAAGGAGACUGAAAACGUCCAGAGUUCUGAAGAAAUUGAAAAUGCCUUCCGCGCCAUUACAGCUGCUGAUCGGCCAUACGUUACGAAGGAGGAACUCUACGCUAACCUCACCAAAGAAAUGGCCGAUUACUGUGUCGCCAGAAUGAAACCCUACGUGGAUCAGAAGACGGAACGACCGAUCACGGGCGCCUUAGAUUAUAUUGAAUUUACUCGCACUCUUUUCCAGAAUUAAGUUAAUGGUUUUUAUAGUGAGCCCCUAUCGCGAUAUGAAACUUUAAAUUAUUGUUACGCAAAUAUUAUAUUUACUGCUUUCAACGCAAAUGACUAUUUUAAUACAGCAUUAAUGUUCCUUCCAUUACAUGAUUAUUUCCUCACGAACUUUCAACAGAUAUUUUGAUUUUUAGAUAAAAGAUAAGAAAUUAUUGAUCGACGAUAGAUUGUUCUUAUCAGAGACCUCUCAUUUAUUCGCUCUAUGUAUUCGAAUAUUUAUUCGCUGAUUUUAUAUAACUGAAGAUAAAAAACGAAAAAAAAAUUUAGCAGUAGAAGCUUUCCUUGUGUCUAUGAAUUCUUAACGGUGCUUGCUUCAUUAUAAUCUGGCAGCAAUAAAAUAAAUAAUUAAAAAUA